AUGGGUAAUUUUUCAGCUUCGGACAAGACUCUGAGGGUUGCAUUUCUACAUGGACGUGAGGUGAUCAAAGAGUGUUUCACCACUCAAGACAAGGUCUUAGCUACAAGGCCAGUAGUGGCUGCUGGGAAGUAUCUGGGCUACAACUAUACCGUCUUUGGGGUUGCUCCCCAAGGACCUUACUGGCGUGAUAUUAAGAAGAUAAGCUCUCUUGAGUUUCUCUCCAAAACAAGGCUUGAUAUGCUCAAGCACGUAAGAACCAAAGAAGAAGACACAUGCAUCAAAGAGUUGUAUUCUCAUUGGAACAAGAACAACAAAGGUGCAGGUCCAGUGAUUGUGGAGAUUAAUAAAUGGCUUCGCAGUCUUACUUUCAAUAUCAUCACUAAGCUUACUUCUAGGAAAAUCUAUUUCGGUACUAUUGAUGCUGCUGGAGAUGAUGAAGGUAGAAGAUUCGAUAGAUGUCUAGAAGAAAUGGCACGGUUAACAGUGAUCUUUGUUGUAUCAGAUGCACUGCCAUAUUUAGAAUGGAUGGACUUGCAGGGACACCUGAGAGCCAUGAAAUGUGUUACUAAGGAAAUGGAUUGUUUAAUUGGGAAUUGUUAUGAUCGUUAUACUGUCAUCAAGGCAACUAUACUGAUAAGCUUAUCUUAA